CAUCUAAAGUCGGGAAGUUACACAAACAAACAAAAGAGUAACAUUGAUGUUUCCUUAAAGUACUUCAUAGAUUAUUUCCACUUUGAAAUUAAACUAGAUCACUUAAAUACACUGUUUUUCACUUACUUAUAAUAAUGUGGAUGCGAAUAAUACGUCAAAAUCCUUAAUAUUUUCAUAAAUUAGUACACUUUAUCCCGUCGUGCACGAGAAAUAAAAAUGACUGGUUGGCACAUUCCUCGUCAGAGAGCGACACAUGUAAAAAGAGGGCACUCUCACGAGUCACGACGGCGACCACUGUCUUUUUUUAUGUUUCACAAGAUAAAUUCUAUCUUUUUUGUACUCAGAUAAAUUUGGAUGUACAGAAAGAGAGGGAAAAGCAAGAACGAUAAAGAAGAAAAAAACAAUCACAUCAAUUCUACAUUGUUUACACUCAAUGAAAGCAGUAAUUCACUAAAUAAUACACAUUUGAAAGUUGAGUUUUCUACUGAACCGGAUAAAAUGCCAGGAGAAGGAGAUCAAGCAGCUAAUAUUGAUUUCCAUAAUCUUACUCAAGCUCAAAAAGAUGAUAGUGUUUUAAUUAUUGAUGUCAGAGAACCAUCAGAGAUCAAUGAAACUGGCCAGUUACCUGGAAGUAUUAAUAUUCCUAUGGCUAAUGUACUAACCACAUUGAAUUUAUCAAAUGAAGAAUUCCAAAACCAAUUUAAAAAACCUAAACCUGAAAAAAAUACUAAAAUUAUACUUAGCUGUAGAUCAGGUAUGAGAAGUGGCAAAGUGCAAAAAGAAUUGCAAAAAAAUGGAUACAAUAACACAUUCAAUUAUGUUGGAGGAUGGCUAGAAUGGGAGAGUAAAACAAAGAAAUAAUCAACAUCAGAUUUAUAUAAAGAUCAGAAUGAUUUAUACAAUUAAUUUUCAAAUUGUAAAAUUCAUCUAUCAAUUAUAUUUACAUUUUGAAAAAUUAAAUAAUAAAAUAAAAUACUUAUAAA